AUGGAACAACCCAAAUCUUCCAAGCAAGAAAAUUUAUUGAGCCAAAUUACUAAAUCAUGUUUAAGAGAUGAUUUGCCCUCUUUAGAAGUAGGAGAAAGAGUAGAAGUAAUUACCAAAAUUCAAGAUAAAGAAAACAAAGAAAAAUUUAAAUUGUCCUCGUUCAAAGGAAUAAUUAUCGCCCAAAGGAGAAAAAAACAAAUCAGUUAUAAUUUUACUGUGCUUCAUGAAAGUAAUAAAUUGACUAUCAAGCAAAUUUUUUUUUAUCAUUCACCUCUUAUCGCGGGAAUCAAAAAACUAGGCAAAAUUAAUCAAAAAAUUCGUCGAGCAAAAUUAUACUUCUUAGAAAGAAAAUUAGCCGCCAGAAAAGCCGGAAUUGAGGAAUUUUUUGUAAAAAGUGUGCCAAGAAGUUAG